AUGGAUCGGCCGUCCGUGACGCCAGAGCAGCCAGAGGUCUCUAUGAUCGAGAGUUACACUACUCCGUCAUUGCAGACACCUGACGAAACCACAAUGGCCUUGAUUCAGUCAAGAAGCAAGCCAGAGCUCUCUAUGCUCGAGAGUUUCACAACUCCGUCGUCAUAUACACCUGACGAGAUCACACUGGCGCACCUCCAGUCAAGAAGCCCGACCCCCCCUGCCACACCCAAUCCCGAUCGAUUGGGGCCGUCGGUCACGCCAGAAGUGAUCCAGAGGACUGAGUCCUUCUCGGAGGAUAUGAGGGUAGCCGACUUUGGCUACGCCAAUGUAUCGGAAGCGACCGAGUCGCCGGUCGAAUACGAUUGGAGCACGCCCGGCUAUGGCUAUGCAAAUGUGUCGGAAGCAACCGAGUCGCCGGUCGAAUACGUGCGGAUUGAGACACCGCCGCAAUCAUGGUCGCCUCAAUCCGCACCAGAUGGCUCGGUCACAUUGCUAUCCAUUCGGCGGAGCUGCUCCGGGCACGAAGCGCGGGCGCGUGGCCGACCGCUCGAGGCGGGCUCUGUACGAGUCGAUCGAGCGUGGCCGGCACCAACGGCUGACCAUUUCGCCGUGAAUCGCCGUGAGUCGCCACGAGCCUACAUCGCCACCCGCGCGGCUGGUGCCGACCACGCGCACCCGCGCUCGAAGCUUGGCCCAUCGAGAGGGCCGCGGCCCGGCCAACUAUACCGGGGGCCCGUUCCCGGGAUGGCGCUGCCAGAACUGGCUGCGCUGUGUUUUUGUUCCAGGUAA